AUGUCCUCGACAGAUCUUGAGAGUGGAUCAUCGACGUUGACAUUUCCCUCUCCCACCUCAUCCUUCAUCUCCAUACCGUCUGUCCUCGAGAUCACCAUGCAGGAGCCUCAGCAGCAAGACGUGCAAGACGAAUACUUCUACUUCCAGUCGGUUAUCUUCAAGGCGGAGAAAACACUCUUCAGGGUUCCUCGCUAUGGCCUGCCGGCCGAUGUGGCGGUCUUCGACGCGAUGUUCUCUCAAGCAUCGCCUAACGGCGCCGGCUCGUCAAAUGAGAACCCCAUCCUGCUCGACCCGGACGUAAAGGCAUUUGACUUCCGAAGUCUCCUCAAGGCGUCGUUCCCUCCGCCGGGCACGACGGCAUCAGUCCUCACCCUCGACGAAUGGAUGGGCGUUCUUACUCUAGCAAAGAAAUGGAAUCUGACGGACAUGAAGGCAAAGGCCGUCUCAGGUUCGAACGCCGAAGUGCAGAGGAAAUCCACCGUCGACAAGAUCCUCCUCGCGAAGCGUUACGACGUCGCAAAGUGGCUCAAAGAAGGCUACAUCUCGCUUGUCUGGCGGAAAGAGCCCAUCACAUCCGACGAGCGCAAGAAGCUAGGCUGGGAGACGUACGCGCGCCUGAUGGACGUCCGCGAGAAAGGCAGAGAGGCUGCACUCGACACCAUCUCGAUCCAUCUCAGCAGCGCUAAUGCGAAGGCUGCGAAACAGAAAUGUGCGAUGUGUGGAUGCGACCAUGUUGCAUACUGCGCGAUGAACACGAAGGGGAAGGAGAGAGAUAAGAAGUAUGAGUGCAGUAGCUGUGAUAAGGCGUAUCAUAUCCCCGGGUGUUGGGCGGGAAAGACUGAUUCGAGUGCGGAUGCGAAGGGUCGGGUGCAGGCGCAUUGGGCUGCUUUCAACUUCGCGGCUGCGGUGGAGAAAGAGUUCGGGUCGGCAGUCAAGGCAUAG